AGGUAUUGGUUGCAUAAUAAUUCAGACAGUUUUCAUAUAAAGUGUCAAUUAAACAAAAACAAUCAUCAACGAAUUAAAAUGAGAGUUACGAAGGUACCUGCCUACCUAGUUUCGUAAUCAUUCAGUACUUGAAUUCGCAAAACUUCUAGGUGAAAUUUAUUAUUGUUUCUUAAUUAAUUGAUAUGGGCAAGACUGAAAAUGAAAAUUUGAAGAAUUAUAAAAAAUGGCUCGAUACAACUACACGAAGUCUAUAGAAAAAAUUCACUCGCAGCUAAAGAGGAAGAAAUUAGAAGAAAUCAAAAAAAUAAAAGAAGAAGAGAAGAAGCGACAGAAGGAACUUGAAAUAUACCAAGGAAAAUAUACAAGAUUAUUUUGGCGAAUAUGGAGUCUUACGUUUGCAAAAAUGGGCGAGGACUGGGUACUCUUAGCAAUUUUAGGAAUUUUUGUUGCAAUUAUAAGCUAUACCAUAGACAAAGGAAUUUUAAUGUGUGGUAAUUGUCAGAAGUGGCUUUAUGGAGAAUUGGCACAUGGAUUAUUCUCUAAAUGGGUCGCAUGGAUAUGUUUACCAUUCUGCUUGGUGAUGUGGGAUGUAGGUUUAACUCAUUUAGUAGCUCCUCAAGCAGCAGGUUCUGGUAUACCACAACUAAAAACGAGUCUCAGGGGUGUUUUUAUGAAAGAAGUUCUUACAUUCAAAGUUCUACUAGUAAAAUGGGUAGGACUAACAGCAACCAUAGGAAGCGGAAUGCCCUUAGGAAAAGAAGGGCCACUGAUUCAUAUGUCAAGUAUUAUUGUUACCAAACUGAGUAAAGCCAUAUCUUCUUUCAAUACAGUUUACGGGAACGAAAGUAAAAAAAUUGAAAUGUUAGGAGCAGCUUGGGCAGUAGGAGUGGCCUGCACUUUUAAUGCGCCAAUAGGAGGUGUGCUCUUUAGUGUUGAAAUCACUACAGCCUACUUUGCAGUUAGAAACUAUUGGAGAGGUUUCUUUGCAGCAGUUUGGGGUGCAACAACUUACAGACUUUUACUCGUAUGGAUUGACGGUGCCAAAACUAUAACAGCAGUAUUUUCCACAAGUUACUUCAUAGAUUUUCCUUACGAUCCUUGGGAACUGAUAUCUUACGCUAUUCUGGGAUUGAUCUGUGGUCUUGGCGGUUCUCUGUAUGUUUGGUGCAAACAGCAUUAUGAUGCUUGGGCCAACACUAAUAGGAUUAUUAUGAAAAUUAAGAAAACCAGCCGUUUCAUCUACCCAGGCUUUAUCAUCUUAGUCAUUUCAACUGCAACUUGGCCUAACGGAUUAGGUCAAUUUAUGGCAUCCGAGUUACCAGCAGGUCCACAGGUUAUUAGCCUCUUCAGCAACUUUACCUGGACGAAAGACAAUUUAACCAUUGUACAAAGUAAUUUAAUAUCAAAUUGGACAACACAUUGGACUGGAAUUUAUGAAAAUUUGGUUAUUUUUAUUGCCUACCAGUUUAUAGCAUCGAUACUAGCAUCAUCGUUGCCGAUACCCCAUGGUGUCUUUAUACCAAAUUUCAGAGCAGGCGCUGCAUUGGGGAGGAUUGUAGGAGAAUUAAUGUAUUCAUGGUUUCCACAAGGUGUUGGUUACGCCGGACGAAUGGCCCAAAUCGUUCCAGGAGCAUAUGCAGCAGUGGGAGCAGCAGCCUGGACAGGAGCUGUGACGCAUACAAUGUCAGUUUGUGUCAUUCUUUUUGAAAUGACAUCUUCUAUUACGUACAUAAUUCCAGUUCUAAUUGCUGUUUUAAUAGCGAAUGGAGUUGCAAGGAUACUAACUCCAAGUAUUUACGAUUUGGUAAUUCGGUCUAAAAAGUUACCUUAUUUGCCCGAUUUGCUUCCAAAUACAAGUGGUUUAUAUGGUGUAUAUGUCGAAGAUUUUAUGAAGACAGAUAUUCGUUUUCUGUACGUCUCGAUGAGUUACAGGAAUCUAAAAGAACUUUUAAUAGCUUACAAAAAAAUCAACGUUUUUCCUUUGGUUGACCACACACAAACGAUGACUCUAUUAGGUUCAGUACCCAGACACGAACUCAUUCUUCUUCUGGAUCACCAAAUUGGUACUUACCAAAGAAGACAGUAUCUACCUAGUCCGAGAAUGGAUAGAAGUGUAGAUAGUUUAGAAAAUGUAGAGUUCAUUCACUCUAGGAAAAAAUCAGUUCCGCUUAUUGAUGAUUCUAGCGAUUCCGACAAAGAAGAUGACAAAAACGAGGAAAAAACUGAUUUUAAUCCUCAGAUGACAGAAAUGAAGGAAUUUAAAGUAGAAACUGUUAAGGAAACAAAAGAGGAAAUUAUGAAAAAAUGGACAACUCCCAAAAGAAAGCCCCUUCCUCCCCUCAUGCCGAAAUCUCCCCUUCCUGAAAGAAAAAGUCCACUUGAAAGUAAACGGACGGCAUUGUCUUUAUCCAGUUUAGAAGUGCCAUCAUUGAGGGUUUGCGACCUACCAGCUCAAGAACAAAUAGCUUGGGAAGAAGAACAACUAAAACAAGCAGUAGAUUUUACAGCAUGCCGCAUUGAUCCAGCUCCCUUCCAGCUUGUAGAACGGACAUCCCUAUUAAAAGUGCAUUCCUUAUUCUCACUUUUGGCCAUUAACUUCGCCUAUGUUACUUCUAUAGGCAAGUUAGUAGGUGUAGUGGGACUAAAAGAACUUCGGCAAGCCAUUGAAGACGCGAAUAGCGGUAAUCCACCUAAAAUGGAGGAAAAAGAACCCGCAUCGUUAAGUCCUCCUCCGACUCCAAGAACACCCACGAUAUCUGUAGUGCCGCCUACACAGGAUCCUAUAACACAUACGGAAAAUAUUGAAAAUAAAGAUUCCAAGGUUUGAACAUAGGUUACCUUGUAAAUAGUGGAAAAGGCUGUGUUUUUAAAUUGGGUUGUGAGUUGUAGAAUGGAUAUCUAAAAUUUACGAUAUUAAAUCGAAGCUAUUAUUUAAAAAAGAAGAAAACUUGUAAUCUCAGACAUGCAUUUUUACGGUCUAAUUUAGAAGAAGAAUUAUUACCUAAUAUAAUGAAUAGCAACUGUUGCCGGUUUGUAUACACUGAGAAAUUGGAAACAAAAUGACAGGAGUAUUUUCAAAUGUACAAAAAUACUCCUGUCUUUUCAAAUGUAUAAUUGCUUUUAACAUUUUUUUUGUUUAAUUAAUCACACAUAGUGAUUUAAUAAAAAUUUCGAAUUUUUAAGUACUCUGCAUACUUUUUGCGGAUGGUAUUUAAGUAGUUAAAUUUGAAAUAGAAACGUAUUUACUAUAGCGGUAAUCUUUUUAACACGGUACAGUUCAACAAUAUCAAAUCCCACGUGACCAAAUUGAUGUUUGCUAAAACUAAAACUAUUAAUUUUAGCAUCAACCCCAAACCAAUGUCACUGACGUAUAACUUGUCAUUAAAAACGUUUCCAUCAAAUUUCUUAUUUGACUAGAGCACGUGGGGUAAGUGUCUUGUUUAAAGCACUGCAUAGUUAGUACAUUAAAAAAUAUCUUUAUUGUAAUCGGUUAAAUAACUGAAGUUAAAUAAAUGGAGAGAAUUUAGAGAACUUUGAUUUAUUUAUAUUUAAGAGAAAAUAUAAAACCAUCAAACCAGCGUUUUUUUUUAGCAAAUCAGACGCUCUUUUUAUGUGAAACAUUUCCGGUACAUAAUUAUUCAAGUACUAGAAAGAUUUAUUAUUUUUGUGCUAAAUCCAUUAACAUUGUUACAUCUUUACUGGAUGGUACGAUAUUAUUCUAACUAAUCUUGAUACGGUACUGGGUAACAGUAUCGCUAAUACACGAAAUUAAACCACAACGAUAGCCAGUUAACAUAAUGCAAACGGCACUCUUGUUUUGGUAGGAGAGCAACUGGGAGGUGAGUCUCAAGGUAGAUGUUUACGAAAUAUUUACUUAUUUUGAACGCCAGAAAUUUUUAUAAAGAAAAAAUUCCAAAAACUACGAAACUAAGCGAAAAGCAAAUUAAUCAUUAAAUUGUAUAUUAUUCGUCAUCAAAAAAUUUUAAAAAAUUAAUUGCGCGACAAAAAAAAUUAGAGCUAGCAUAUGUAUCAGUAAGCAAAGUCAUCUGUGAACUGUGGGCUGGUCUCACUAAAACACAUUAGUUUUGAUAACGAGUUUAUUUACAAGUAAUUAAAGUCAACAAUUUAAAUGAACAUAAGUGUCAGAAUUUAGGGUAUGCUGGACAAAACAAAGGUUAAUUCAAACUAAACACAAUAUGUAUACCCAAAUAAAGAAAUUAGCAUAGUAAAAGUAAAAGAUCAGCACAACAAAUUGUUUGUACCAAGAGAGUAACUUUCAACGACCCCCGGUAUAAUAUAAAUACAAAAAAUAGUCUGUAUGCUUCAAAACCAACACCUGGUGUAUGCCAGAUUAAUCGCAACAUUAGUCGCUAGAGGUGUACACAGAAAACGCUCUGAAAUAAAAACAUAACUAAUAUUUACAAAACACUAGAUUACAAUAAACAAACAAGAAUAUUCAAUCAUAAAUCGAAUUAAAAUGUUUAAGAGGUGCCUACUUAAAUUUAGAUCUAGUAAACGCAAACAUAGAAAUAGUUUUAGUUCGAUAUUUAUCAAAAUUAUCUUCCUUCUUGUAUUAACUCACGGCACCUAUAAGGCUUAAAUAAGUAAUCAGGAACUGCAUUUUUUUUGUAAUAGCAAAAUGGUUCAAUUAUUAUGACCACGAAUUACUUAAUAAUUUUUCUAAUAGCAAAAUUAAUUUCUUUAGGAAAUUCAGUAAUAAAAAUACUCCAAAAACAGCACAAACGGUAUUUCGAUACGGUAGUUUAUAAGUACACUCUGUAACAAAAGGUAAAAGGCAGAAGAUAAUUUUCGGUAAUAAGUAUGCAUACCUAUUUUCUUAAAAUCUAACAUUAUUGAAAAAUACAAAGCAAAAAUAUUUCUCUCUAGACUGAGUCAAGUGGUCCUCAAACUAAACUGGUUAUCACGACCAUAAAUCAAUAAAUGCAAUGUGCCCGUUCACUUUCAUUUUUGAAUGUGAAUUAAUUAUAUAUUUAUAAAGAUAUUAAACUCUUUUGUCUGGUGGUACUUUUCCCGUUAAGAUAUUUUUGCUAGAAGUA